AUGGACAGCGACCGCAGCCAAAGCACCGAGAAGAAGGAGUCUAUCCAGUAUAAGGAGAGUACUGGACAUGCUCUAACCACGAUUCCAACAUCGGUGACUCUGUCACCCGAGCAGUUCGAGACGCUAUACUUGACUCCUAUGACCCGCCGUCAGCCCAAGUUUGCCAAGCGAGUGGGAAAUCCAACGCCCUUAGCUCUCGGUGGAUUUGUUAUUACUACGACCCCAAUCUCAUGCUGUUUGAUGGCCUGGAGGGGUGCCAGUGGGAACGGAGUUGCAUUCAUUGGACCUAUCGUCUUUCUUGGCGGCUUGUUACUGCUCAUCACCAGCAUUCUUGAAUUCAUACUCGGCAAUACCUUUCCAUGUGUUGUUUUCGGUACCAUCGGAGGGUUCUGGUUCGCCUUCGCGGCUACAAUGAUCCCCGCGUUCAAUGCGGCUGCUCCUUAUUCCGCAUUAACCACCGAUACAGUAACCGGUCUUUCGAGUGCGGGCUUUAUGAAUACUUAUGCAUUUUUGUUUAUAACCAUGGCGGUACUGAUGCUGAUAUUUAUGAUCUGUGCGACACGUACCAACAUUGUCUAUACACUUAUCUUUUUGACACUCCUGGUGGUUUUCCUGCUUCUAUCAUCGGCCUACUGGCUCCUGGGAGAAGAGAAUGUUGCGGCUGGUAACAAAUGCGUUAAGGGAGCUGGGGCUUCGCUCUUUGUCGCAAGUCUACUCGGGUUCUACCUACUAAUUGUCCAACUGUUUGAGGCAAUGGGAUUCCCGUUCCACUUACCCGUUGGAGACUUGGGAGCAUUCUGGGAUCGCAGUCUACAAAAUCGUGGGAUCCCUGAUAUUGAAGAAUCUGCCGCCGUUGGUCAGAAGUGA